GAGAGAGACGCCGACGCCCGCACGCUCUGGGUCGACUACGACGAGCAGGGCGAGCGGUUCAAACGAUGGCGGGACGUGGUAGGUGAGUCGAGGCAGGAGCACUACCCGGACGCGAAGGUGGACGGACCGCCGGGGGCUCUCCACAUGCUGAAGCACAUGGAGAGGCACGGAGGCGACCCGCGGCUCUGGCUCGACCUCUUCAUCCGCAUGAAGGGCCUGGGUCAGAAUGACCGCGUGGUGCACGAGCUGAGGACGAUCGUGGAGGCUUUGUACCAGGGCGGGGUAUACGAUCAGCUGAACAUGGGCGGCCUCAUGAUGGUGGAGGUGUUGACUCGCCGUGUCGCCGCUGUGGUGGAUGCCUACUCGGACCCGACCAAGCCGAGCUGGACGAACGCACGCUUCUUCGAGGGCGUGAGCUCGGUGGAAGACGUCUCGGGGCCAGAGCUCAGGGGCUGCGUCCACCGGCGGGCGAAGGAACAGCAUGAGAUAGAGCAGGCGCAAGCCCGCAGUUUCUUGCCGCUCCCGCUGCUGGGCGACGCAGGCCGCCGAAUUCGCGGCAGGUCGUGCAGGGCGAGGCAGUUCGGUCGAGAGGGUCGGAUUGCGUCGGAGGUCAACGGUAUCGUCGAUGCCAUCAACUGGAUGUCGGGCUACGACUCACAUCCUGGCCCAGCUAAUGACAUGCAGCGGGAUGUGCUUGAGCGCUUCGAGGGCCUCGUGCGGGGCCGGCAGCCGGACGCCAAGUUGCAGGGGCCGCAGGCGGCCCUCCGGGAGCUGCUGCGGGGUCGCUCGCCAUACGAUGGGCGCGGCGGCCCGACGACGGUCGCCUCCUACAGUGCAGGGCUCGUCAGCAUGCCGACGGACGUGAGCGACUGCCCGCGUCUGGAGGACCUCUUGCCUGUCGAGGCCCUUGCCUUCCUGCAGGAGCGCCAAGAGCGCAUGUUACGAGAGACACCUUUGCCGACCGACGUCGAGCCGUACUUCGACUCGGUCCUCAAGUUCAACCACAAGGAGUACCGCGGCCUGGUACGUCGGCCGCUGUCAGCUGGCAUCCUGGGGUGGACUCUGACACCGAAAGAGAGGAUUGGGAUGUUUUUUGUGUGGGAGGAUGGGCGGCGCCGACUUCGUCUCAUAGUCGACGCCCGCCGUGCGAACGCCCACUUCAGAGAUCCGCCCGGGGUGGAGCUACUGAGCAGCGAGGGCCUCGCCAGGAUCGAGGUGCAGAUGCCAGACGCUGGCUUCUCGAGCUACGAGGACCUCCGCGCCGCGUUGCAGGGGCAGCAGGUGUACAUCGGCAUGGCGGACGUGAAGGACUGCUUUCAUCGAAUGCGUAUCGAUUCAGCCCUUUCGCAGUACUUUUGCCUGCCGCCGGUCAAGGCUGGGGCCUUCGGCGUGACCGAGGUCGAGGGGACCAAGGAGGUCAGGCACUAUGUGUACGUGGACAACUUGGGGGUCUUUUCGCUGUUCUCUGAGCUUGUGAGCGGCGUGAUGAACCAGCUGACGGGCGAGUUCACCGAGCUGAACCUACUGUUGCACAAGGACGAGCUGGUGCCGGGCAUGGCAGUGGCGCUUGGCACGGAGAUCGACGGCAGUCGGUUGCGCACUCGUGUGACCAGUGAUCGCUUCUGGCGUUGCCGCCAGGCCGUGCGAGGCCUCCUAGCCCGCCGCCGUGUCAAGGGGUGGGCCGUGGAGGCGGUGCUGGGCCAUCUAACCUUUUGUGGCCUCUGCUCGCGCGGCACCUUGUCAGCUUUCAAUUCAGUGUACGGCUUUGUGCGAGCCCACUACGACGAGGCGGCCGUGCUAUGGGCCGAAGCUCGGCGAGAGCUGGCCGCCUUCAGCUCCCUGAUGUACUUUUUGGAGUCAGAUUGGUGGCUGCCUUGGAAUCCGAUGGCGCAGCAGUCUGACGCCAGUCUUCACGGCUACGGGCUGGCAAGAGCCUUUUGGCCGCAGGAGCUGGUGGAGUCAGUCGGACGCGUGCCUGAGCGAGCCCGCUUCCGCCGGCGCUGCGCCCACAGUGCUCGAGAGGCGGCGCUCUGUGCAGCUGGUUUCAGCAUGAGUGAGAAUGGAAAAUGGGAACUCAAGGGCCUUCCCGAGGACGAGGAGGAGCUGGGCCAGUGGGACGUCGUGAGGGACUUCCCGGAGGUGCCCGCCCAGGGGCUCCGCGCAGGCCUUUGGGAGCCCUGUUUCGCGAGAGCCUGGCAGCACCCUGAGGGCAUCUUGACCUUGGAGGCCCGAGCCCUGGUCAGCAGCAUUCAUCGUAUCGCCACUACGUCUACUCUUCUGGCUGAGCUGUUGGAGCUCGAGGGCUCCCAGGCGAGCCCAGGACGGGUCUCCGCCUGGGCCGAGCCCGAGCGGGCGGCCGAUGGCGUCGCGGCCCGCGAUGCGGCCUGGGCGCCCUCGAGCGCCAGAUGGGCGGGAGCGCUCUCGGAGCCCCCAGCAGGCCCGGCGAGGUGCGCGGCCUGGGGCGAGCCGCCGGCGCACGAGGCUGCUGGCGCCCCGCCGGCCCGCGGCCAGGGGGUGAGGCGCACGCGGCAGCUGGUCCCUGCGCCGCCGAUAGCGCCGCUGCCGCUGCCGGCAGCUCGGCGGGAGCGUCAGCUGGGCGAGUCGGGGCUCUUGAAGACGGCUGUGUUGAGCCGACCCCUGCCGCGGAGCCUGGGGCAAGUGGUGGAGGACCUGACGAAGGUGCUUGUGCCUGCGGAGCCCGCUCGGGGAGCGCGAGAGAGCGUCGGCUCCUCCGACAGCGGGAGCUCCGAGCCCGAGGUCGUGACCGGCGCCGCGCGGCUGCGCAGGCUCGCGCAGUCGCAGAAGCGCCGUGCUCGCCACUACGGGAUGCCUGCCGGCGAAGAGGGUUUCUCUCUCCUGGAGCGGGAGGCCGUGCGGACCCCGACGCAGCGCGAGUACCAGAGGGCCUGGGACGGAUGGCGGGACUUUGCCCGUCGGAGCUGGCCCUCGGUCGACAUCGACGAGGUCAUGAAGAGCAGAGACGAUUCCGAGGUAGACUCGGCGUUGGUGAGCUACCUGAACGGCCUGUACCAUGCUGGGACUCACCUCUCCUGGGCCGAGAAGCUGAUGGCGGGGGUCUUGCACUUCAACCCCGACUUCUCGCGCUACGGUGCUCGGCGCCUCCCCCGGGGCUGGAGGUGCCUCCGGGCCUGGCGGCGCCUGGAGCCGCCGCGGACGAGGAAGCCGUGGGCGCUGGCGCUGUGGUGCGCCAUGGCGUGGCGCAUGAAGGCCCGUGGCAGUCUUCAGAUGGCGGUGUUCACGUUGAUAGCAGUCAGCGUGUAUGCCCGCCCCAGCAGCCUUUUGCUCCUGAAGCCGGCCUGCCUGGUGCCGCCAGCGCCGGGAGUGUGCGAGUUCUGGACCUUGAGGCUCUUUCCAGAGGAGGAGGACCUGAGGGACAAGACGGGCCUGGGGGACGUGUCGCUAGAGUUAGACUCGCCCUGGAUUCGCUUCUUGGACCCUGUGCUGCGCCAGAUGAAGAAAGAGGGCCACCCCGAGUGCCUGUGGAACUUCACGUACCCAGAGUACUGCAAGAUGUUCAGCCUGUGCCUUCAAGACCUGCAGGUGAAGGCCAAGGCUCAGCUCGCGGACAUCAUUUUGGGGCGCGCCUCGCCGGUCGACUUGCGGGAGCUCGACCACGCCUAA